AUGUCACGGAAGAGGGAAGCCUCUGCCAUGGCGACGGCCCCACACCGCCGAGAACCACCGCCGUUGCUGAGAACCGCUGCCGUCGCCGAGCCCGCCGGGUCCCGACCUGCACACCUGGAGGAGGCGCUCACCAAAGCAAUAGUCUCACAUCAGAGGAGUUUCAAGGAGUCCGGCCGCCCGCAGCACACCAUCCUGCGCAGAAAUGGAGCGGGCAGGGUCUCUGACAGCAAGACUUCCCUUGGCAUGGCAUCCAAAAGCCCUCAGGGGCAGGUGGCUGGGAUGAUCCCCACUGACCCCCAGAUCUCACCAUCCAUGCAGGGGCAUUUUGGGCAAGAGGAAGAGGAGGAGAGAGCAGAGACACACCUGAGCGUGGUGUGGCACGUGGGACACCUGGGCAUCGCCUACUACGACACGGGUGACCCCAUCAUCUACUUUAUGCCAGAUGCCCCAGACCAUGAAAAUCUCCGACUCCUCUAGCGAGUCGUGGAUGAGAUCGGGCCUUGGUCCAUCGUGACCAGCAUGAAGCGGGAUGAGAACAUGACUCGGUUCCUGGAAGGAUUGGCCUCCCCAGGUUCUGGCAACAACGAAGUGAUGGGAAGACCUGAAGCAGUCCUGUUUCCCAGCGUGGAUUUCGGCCUGGAGAUCAGCAAGCAGCGCCUGCUCACUGGCUCCUUCUCCUCCUUCAUCACGGAGCCCAUGAGCCCCAGAGAGAAGAUUCUCUUCCUCGCAUCCAUCGUGCCGUUCGACUGUCCCGUGACAGUCCGUGCUCUCGGGGGAUUGCUAAAGUUCCUGGACCAGAAGAGAAUAGGGGUGGAGCUGGAAGAAAGCAGUGGGGUCGUCCCCAUCCUCGGCUUCAAGAAGUUUGUCCUGACAAAUCUAGUGACCGUGGAUCGGGACACCUACUGUGUGCUGCAGAUACUCAAGAGUGAGGCCCAUUCAUUGGUAUACAAGCUGGCCCCAGGCCUGAAGGAGGGACUCCAUGUGUUUGGACUCCUGAACAGGUGCCGCUGCAAGUGGGGAGAAAAACAACUCAGGCUGUGGCCGAUGCGCCCGACCCGGGACCUGAGUGAGCUGAACGCCCGGCUGGAUGGCAUCCAGUUCUUUCUGCAGCCCCGGAAACUGGAGAUGGCCCAGGCGCUCCACGGCCUACUGGGGAACAUCAAGAACGUGCCCCUGAUCCUCAGACGGAUGACACUGUCUCACACCAAGGCCAGCGACUGGCAGGUCCUGUACAAGCCCAGCCAUCCCACCAUUCCAAGUAACUGGGACUCUGAGCAGCCACUGCUGUGUGGGGAAAAGCUUCUGCCCUUGAUGCGCUCUCUUCCCCGCUCCUCGCUCCAGAUCAAAAGUCCGUGGGAGUCUCAGGGCAAACAGAAUUGUGCCACCCCUGCUCUGCCUGCAGGAAUGGACGCGCCCUCAAGUCACUGGCACUCCCUGGCUCCAGCGUGUCCCCCGGCCCCUGCCUCUCCAUCCUCCACUGGGGAACAGUACUCAGGGCCGGGCAGCUAUGAUGAGCUGCAUCUGCAGAAGGAGCAACAGCCAGUUGGGUUCUCCCCUUGGUCAUCCGGCCCCGACCUGCACGUUGCUGGAGGAGGAGGCCCCUGCCACACAGGAGGCAGUGGCCAGAGGGGAGAGCACAUCAGUAGCCAGCCGCGGAUCUGCCGCCGGCCUCCCGGGAAAUCCGGGGCCAGCGUCUGCGUCCGUCCGGGCCCCGGACCCGCCACGGUCCGUCCUCUUUCGGAGUCGGUCUGA